AUGACCAGCAUGGUGUGUGAUGUUGUUGAUCGAUUUUUAAAGAGUCCUGAAGGGUUGCUGCUAAAAGAUCUUUAUCCGGACUUUCAACCUCCUAAAAGACCUUUUAAACGCAUGAGUUACAGUGAUGCUAUUGAGUGGUUAAAAGCUGAUGGUUACAAAAAAGAAGAUGGAACGUUUUAUGAAUUUGGAGAGGAUAUUCCAGAGAUGCCUGAAAGAAGAAUGACAGAUGCUAUUGGAGAGCCAAUUUUGCUUACACGAUUUCCUGCUGAUGUGAAAGCAUUCUACAUGCAGAAGGACCCUAAAGAUAGACGAGUUGCGGAGGCGGUCGAUUUACUAAUGCCUGGUGUGGGUGAAAUUGUUGGUGGUUCCAUGAGAAUGGAUAAUAAUGAUGAGCUGAUGGAAGCGUUUCAAAAACAGAAGCUGGAUCCGUCUCCCUAUUACUGGUACACCGACCAGAGAAAGUAUGGAACCUGCCCUCAUGGAGGUUACGGCCUCGGCUUAGAUCGUUUUGUCACUUGGUUGACCAAUCGUUACCAUAUUCGAGAUGUGUGCUUCUACCCGCGAUUUAUAGGGCGUUGUACACCUUAGAUAGAAAAUAUUUUUGUUUUGAUGUAGGGGAAGGUAUUGGAAAGAAUGAUGUUUUAGUUA